UUGUAAGAAACAAAGUACAAUCAACGCAAACCCAAAACGCUCCCAAAAAUAAAAAUAAAAAAACAAAAUCAGCAUUUUAUUAACAAUAAAAAAAGUCAGCUCAAUUGUGUCACCAUUUUCAAUUUUCAAUUUUCAAUUUUCAAUUUUCAGACAUCUGAAAACCUUUCUAAUUUUAGUCAAUUUCUACAACCCACUCCAAAUUUUUGCCUGUCUAUUCAAACACAAAAAACCACUCUGUUUUCCCCUCUACUAGAUUCUAUCCACAUUAUCUUUGCCCAACUUCUCUUGCAAAUUGUUGUUACUAAAACAGUUUCUUGUUAAUCUGCGUAUCGGCUCCGUAACUGGAAGUUUCGGUUUGGCGUUUUUUCAACGGGCCUAGUAAAAAGAUGAAAAGAAUAAUAAAGUGUUGAAGUUGAAAGUGCAAUUGUUCUUUUUUGGCUUUCUUAAUGACACUCAAUUUCUUCCAUUACAAGGCAACUGAAGAAGAAGAUUUUUAAGGUUAUACAGUAAAAUCACUAGUUUUUUCUUUUCUGUUUCUCUCUCUUCAUUUAUUUAACUUUUAGCCCACAAAAUAUUUGUUCAACUACUACUCUACCCCCAUUUCAAGAUCUUGGGAUUUGUUCCGAGUUGGAGAUUGAAGUGGAAAAAUUGUCACUUCAAUUUCAAGUUGUUGUUAGUUGGGGUUUUUCUAUUUUUUCUGGGUAAUUUUUCCUGGGAAAUUAAUUUCAUUUUUCUAGGAGGUUGUGUUGUUGUCUUUUCAAAUAAACAAUUAAUUUGAGGGUUGAAUAUCUUGCCUUUGAAUUUUUUUCUUCAAUUUUUAAAAGGAAUUAUCCCCAUAUUUCAUGGUACCUGAAUCUGAUUGCAGAUCUCAGUGUAGGUUCAUUACUUGUAUUGUGUCUGGUUGCUUCAUUUAGAAGUUGCUGUUUUUGAAAUGGGUAGUUCUUAAACUUGUCCAAAAUUAAAUUCAAGAAAUUGGGUUUCUUAGGAUUUUUGUGGGAUUUCAUGAUUUUAUGCAAUUGGGCAUUGAAAAGCACUUGUAUUCUAUAUUGGUGGGAUUGGUCAUUAAUUUGGUGAAUUGGGGUGAAUUCAGGCGAUUUUCGGGUUGUAUUGAGUACCUGAUGGUUUGGAGAGUUAGAAUUUGUGUAAUUUGAGUGACAAAUUUGGCAAUGGUAGAAAUGCAAGUUAUAUCAAUUACUUUCCUGAAAUGUGUGUUAUUAGUUUGGUUUGUGGUUUCUAUUCCUGGGUUUGAAACCCUAAGCCAGGCAUGUGAUCCAAAUGACCUUUUGGCUCUGAAGCAAUUUGCUGGUAAUCUUACAAAUGGGGCAAUUGCCUUAACUUGGGGCAACAACACCACCACCACAAACUGCUGUAAAUGGGAUGGUGUUUCCUGUGAUGAUAACAAUAGCAGCAGCAAUAGCAAUGUGUCUGUUGCAAGUAGAGUGAUCAGGUUGAUUCUAAGAAAUAAGGGUCUCAGAGGAGUAAUUUCGCGCUCUCUUGGUCAGUUGGAUGAGUUGCAGAUUCUUGAUCUUUCAGGGAACUAUAUUGAAGGUGGAUUGCCUUCAGAACUGUCCAAUUUACGGCAGCUGGUUUUUGUGGAUGUCAGUAUCAACAAGCUCUCUGGAUCAGUUUUGGAAGCUUUUGCUGGUCUGAAAAAUGUCCAAACCUUGAAUCUUUCGAGCAAUUCUUUCAAUGGGACACUUGAGGAUUUUGGGUUGUUCCCUGAAUUGGCUGUGUUCAAUAUAAGCAACAAUACGUUCGCUGGACAAGUCGAUUCACGAAUUUGCAGUUCGAGUAAGGUCAAGGUCAUAGAUAUCUCGAAGAAUCAGUUCAGUGGUGUGCUUCAUAGCUUUGAGAAUUGUACCUCAUCUCUUGAGCAGUUGCAUGCAGGUGAUAAUUCGCUUUCUGGGAAUCUUCCGAGCUCUAUCUAUGGCAUGUCUUUGUUGGAGCAGCUGUCAAUACCUUGCAACAAUUUCUCUGGCGCGAUAACUGAUGAAAUCAGUAAGCUUUCAAACCUUACAAACUUGAUCAUUUCUGGCAACCACUUUUCUGGGCCAUUUCCUGAUGUAUUUGGUAAGCUAACCAAAUUAGAGCAAUUUGUUGCACAUACAAAUCAUUUCUCUGGGCGAUUGCCUGUGAGUCUGUCUCAGUGCACCAAGCUUCAGGUGCUUGAUCUUAGAAACAAUUCUUUCUCAGGUCCUAUCAAACUUGAUUUCACCGGACUGUCUGAACUUACUGUACUUGAUCUUGCCAGUAAUUUUCUCAAUGGAACCAUUCCCGUUUCACUUUCUAGUUGCACCAAACUGCAAACUUUGAGCAUGGCUAAGAAUGAAUUACAGGGUGAGGUACCCAAAAGCUUUGGAAACCUUGCAUCUCUUUCCUUUUUCUCAAUGUCCAACAACAGCUUGAUGAACUUGUCAGGAGCAUUGACAACUUUGCAGCGAUGCGAAAAUCUUAUUACCCUUAUUCUUACUAGAAACUUCCAUGGUGAAGACAUCCCAACAAGUUUGUCAGGGUUUGAUAAGCUAAGAGUUAUGGCACUUGCCAACUGUGGUUUACGCGGUGAGAUUCCUGUUUGGUUGCGGAAUUGUGACAAGUUGGAAGUCCUUGAUUUGUCAUGGAAUCACUUGAAUGGGAGCAUUCCUUCAUGGAUUGGGCAGAUGGAGAAUGUGUUUUACUUGGAUUUCUCUAACAAUUCGCUUUCAGGGGAGAUUCCAAAGACUUUAAUGCAACUCAGCAGUCUGAUCAAUUCACGUAAAAGUUCAUCUGAUCCUUCUCCGAUAAAUGGUAUCCCACUGUAUGUGAAGAGGAACAGUUCUUAUGGUUUGCAGUAUAACCAAGUCUCCAGUUUUCCACCUUCUCUAUAUUUGAGCAACAACAGAUUUAAUGGGACUAUACCAUUUGAGAUAGGGAGGUUAAAGCAACUCCAUGUGCUAGAUCUCAGCAGGAAUAACAUCACGGGGACAAUUCCUGAUUCUUUAUCAAACAUGCUGAAUCUCGAAACCUUAGAUUUGUCUUUCAAUGAUCUACAAGGAUCAAUACCUCCAUCGCUUAAUAAUCUCUCAUUUCUUUCGAAAUUUAGUGUUGCACAUAAUCAGUUACAGGGACCAAUACCAUCAGGAGUGCAGUUUCAGAGCUUUUCAAACUCAAGCUUCGAGGGAAAUCCAGGCCUUUGUGGGUCAACUCAAGCUCCUUCUUGUAGCAGUUUCCACAAUAUGAAGAAUCCUUCUGUCUCAAGAAAUAAAUCCCGAAGAAGAAGAAGCAUCAUUGGGAUAACAAUUAGUGUUAGUGUGGGUAUUGCCAUGCUCCUGGCGGUCCUUUUGAUGAAAAUGUCGAGAAGAGAUUCUCGAGCUUCUUCUAUCGAUGAUCUGGAUGAUGAGAGUGGUCGGCCUCCAAGAUUGUCUGAAGGGUUUGCUGCUGCAAAACUAGUGCUAUUCCAGAACUCAGAUUGCAAGGAUUUAACAGUUGGGGAGUUGUUGAAAUCAACUGAUAAUUUCAGUCAGGCGAAUAUUAUUGGUUGUGGUGGAUUUGGUCUAGUAUACAAAGCUAGCCUACCAGAUGGAAGCAAAGUUGCUAUAAAGAGGCUUUCUGGGGACUGUGGUCAAAUGGAACGUGAAUUUCGUGCAGAAGUGGAAGCUUUAUCAAAGGCUCAGCACAAGAACCUUGUUUCCUUGCAAGGCUACUGUCAGAUAGGAGACGACAAGUUGUUGAUUUACUCGUUUAUGGAAAACGGAAGCUUGGACUACUGGUUGCACGAGUGCAUUGAUGGUGGCUCAGCACUUAAUUGGACUGCAAGAUUGAGGAUAGCUCAAGGUGCUGGUCAUGGUUUAGUAUACCUCCAUAAGGUUUGUGAGCCAAAUAUAGUCCACAGAGACAUAAAAUCUAGCAAUAUUCUUCUUGAUGAGAAAUUUGAAGCCCAUUUGGCGGAUUUUGGACUGUCGAGAAUGCUUCACCCUUACGACACACAUGUAACAACAGAUUUGGUUGGAACUCUCGGCUACAUUCCUCCUGAAUAUAGCCAGGCGUUAACUGCCACCUUCAAAGGUGAUGUUUACAGUUUUGGUGUUGUCCUUUUGGAGCUUCUUACUGGUAGGAGACCUGUUGAAGUUUGCAAAGGGAAGAAUUGCAGGGAUUUGGUUUCGUGGGUGUUUCAGAUGAAAUUGGAGAAGAAAGAAGAGCAGGUAAUUGAUCCAUUCAUUUGGGACAAAGAUUGGGAGAAGCAACUAUUGGAUGUUUUAUGUAUUGCUUGUAAGUGCUUGGAUCAAAAUCCCAGGAAAAGGCCUUCCAUAGACCAAGUUGUUUUAUGGCUUGACGCCAUUGAUGCCAGUUAGAAACUAGGAUUUACUUAGUGUCAGAAUAUAAUACCUUUCAUUCUGUAAAGAAGCUAUAGUUAUGUAUCAACAUUGCAGUUUUUUUUACUCUAUACAGACAACCAUAAUCUUUGUAUACCCGGGCCAUUUUUGGUCACUUCUUUUGGAAAUAAGCUUGAAAAGUUUUCCAAUUA